UCUGUAUCACACCAACAGAAGAUCGCGUUAGGACUGUUUGUGUAUGUUCGGAUCUGGAUCUGGAAUUAAGAAAAGAAAAAGAAGAAAGGGACUGGAUGUGUUUUGUGCGCGUGGAUGUGAGAGGACACUGCUUCGGUUGGUGCAUUUUGCCGCAUUAAAAUCUAACCCACAUUUACCUGGACUGCUAGCUCAUUGUGACUGAAGAAAAGGCCACGAUGAGCCAGGAGGGGCAGGAUGACCCCCUCCACACAGACACCCCACCUCCACAAACGCCACCAGAGACCCUAGAGAACAAAGAAAGCCCUGGGACUGUAAAUGAGGAUGAAGAGACUGAUAAACCAGUGACUUGUCCAGGUGAUAAGGAUGACAAGGAUUCAGGAGAAACAGAAGCCGUGUCAGAAGAAGCGAGGCAAGCAGAAAAAAUAAAUAGAGAAGCACUGACUAAUGGAAAUGAGAAGCAGGUCAGAGAUGAUGCUGGGGAGAAUGGAGAGAUGGAGCACAUCAAUGGAGACAGCAGAAGCAUCCACAGCUCUGAUGACAUCCCCCCACCUUCAUCAGGGGAAUCGGCCGGGCCACAGCACACCGUGAGAUUGGAGAACGGCACCGAAGAGGACAGCGAAGAACAAGAAGACGAGAAUUGCUGUGAUAACGAGCCAGGACGAGGAAACCUAGACACCUUCAGCUCUACCUUUGAGCUGUCAGUGGAAGAGGUGGAUGCAGAAGUAGAAGAGGAGGAAACACUGAACCGGGACAGCUUCAGUUCAGCGUUUGAACAGAUCGUUGAGCAGGUUGGGGAGUCCCCGACACUCCUGGAAGAGGAGGAGGAGGACGGUGAGGAGGAACGUGACAGGACGAAGGAGAGUCAGGACGGCUUUAGCUCUACAUUCGAGCGCAUUGUGGAGUCUGAGUUGCUAAGAGGCGGGACCUGCUACAGCAGCCUGGACUCGCUGGACGUUCUGUCUCUGACGGACGAGACGGACAGCUGUGUGAGCUUCGAGGCGCCUCUUACACCACUUAUCCAGCAGAGGGCACUGGCGGGGCCAGAACCCCCAGAGCUGGAACUGGAGACUGUCCAGGAAGGCAGUGAAACCCAGGAGGGGGAAGAGGAUGAGAAUGGGGCUGGAUUGGAUAGUCCCCUUCACACCUCCAUACCAGGCAGCAGGUCUGAAAAUGUGCUGAGCCAGCCAGCGCAGUGGAGCAUUCCCAAUGGAUUCCACAAUGAGCCUGCUGAGAGACCAGGAAUCCUCCCCGUUUCUGUCAGUGAUGUCAGUCUCAUAGAUGGGCUUUGUGACUCCGACUCUGAAAGGGGUAGCACCGAUACCCUCGCCAAUGGGUGCCGUCCCGACACAGAGGCUGCCAAGCGACUGGCCAAGCGACUGUUCCACCUGGAGGGCUUCAAGCGGUAUGAUGUGGCACGGCACCUUGGCAAAAAUAAUGAAUUCAGCCAGAUGGUGGCGUCAGAAUAUUUGAGCUUUUUCGACUUCACAGGGAUGUCCUUAGACAGAGCUCUAAGGAACUUCCUGAAGGCAUUUCCUCUGAUGGGAGAGACACAGGAGAGAGAGCGAGUCCUGGUGCAUUUCUCCAAACGCUUCUGUUCCUGUAAUUCAGAGGCGCUCACGUCUGAAGAUGGAGCUCACACACUGACCUGUGCGCUUAUGCUUUUAAAUACAGACCUGCAUGGCCAUAACAUUGGGAAGAAGAUGUCCUGCCAGCAGUUCUAUAGCAAUCUUGAUGGCCUAAAUGAUGGCAAAGAUUUUGCCAAAGAAUUACUCAAGGUGCUGUAUAAUUCAAUAAAGAAUGAGAAGCUGGAGUGGGCCAUUGAGGAAGAAGAGUUGAGGAAGAGUCUAUCCGAGCUGGUGGAGGACCAGUGUGAGACAGGGGGUAGGAGGGUUGUCAGGGUAACUGAUGGCAAUAACCCAUUCAUUGCCAUCCCACUACUGCUCAAUGCUGCCACGUACAAACACGGAGUCCUUACUCGCAAGAGCCAUGCGGAUAUGGACGGCAAACGCACACCGAGGGGGCGGAGAGGCUGGAAGAAAUUCUAUGCUGUACUGAAGGGCAUGAUCCUAUAUCUGCAGAAAGACGAGUAUAAGCCAGAUAAGGACCUGUCUGAAGUGGACCUGAAGAAUGCUGUCCGUGUGCACCAUGCUUUGGCCACUAGAGCCUGCGACUACAGCAAGAGGCCCAACGUCCUCAAGCUCAAAACCUCAGACUGGAGAGUCUUUCUCUUCCAAGCACCGAGUGAAGAGGAAAUGACUUCAUGGAUAUUUAGGAUCAAUCUGGUUGCGGCUUUGUUUUCUGCUCCUGCUUUUCCAGCUGCCAUCGGUUCCAUGAAGAAAUUUUGCAGACCACUGCUUCCAUCCUCUACAACCAGACUCAGUCAGGAGGAGCAGCUGAAAUGUCAUGAAAGCAAGUUGAAACAGAUCUCUCUAGAGGUGGAGGAACACAAGAGGAAUCCACCAGAACUCACACCCAAGAGCAAAGAGACUGAGGAGUAUCGCAUCAAAGAGCACUACCUUACCUAUGAGAAAAGCCGUUACGAGACAUACAUCAACUUGCUACAAGCCAAGCUGCGAGUGGGGAGUGACGACCUGGAUAAAAUCGAGGCCAGCGUGUUUGGUGGAGAUAUUAAAGACAGCCUUUUACGCAAAACCCAGUCCAGUCCCUCCAUCAGCGCUGCUCACGGACUGAACGGCCGGGCCGCUCACAAAAACGACCCAGAAAAUUGCAACUGACCAUCUCAGGGACCUCUGAACUCAUGAUGGUCAUUUCGGAAAAGGACGGAAACUUGAACGUAGCAUUAAACGUGGUAUUCUUUUAAUGCGCAGUAAAUUAUGAUUAUUAUUGUAAGUAAUAU